GGGGCGGCAACGCGGCCCCACGAGCGGAGAGGCGGGUGCGGAGCAACCGACGCCAGGAAACAAACGGGCUCUGAUGCGAGGAAAACGAUGAAGUUCGGUUGCAUUUCUUUCCGACAACCCUACGCAGGCUUAGUUUUAAACAAAGUCAAAACAGUGGAGACUCGCUGGCGGCCUUUGCUAGCCAAGUACAAGAACUGCACCAUUGCUGUUCAUAUAGCUAUUAAUGACUGGCAAGAUGACACGUGGAGACAGAUUCUUCUGAAUAGGUUUGGUAUGACACCAAAACAAGUGCAAGAUGUGUUGGAUGAAGGGGAAAAAUUCGGCAGAGGAGUUAUUGCAGGAUUAAUUGAUAUUGGAGAGACAUCACUAUGUCCAGAAAACUUGCCUCCUGACAAGACUCUGGAGCUGGAAGACAAAGCUGUCCUUAGUAAUCUAGAACAGAAAUACUUGACUGUUGUUACAAAUCCAAGAUGGCUCUUGGAACCAAUUCCUGCCAGAGGGAGAAGAGGUGUGUGGGAGGUAGACAUCCCUGAAGAACUGAUCCCUUCCUAAGUGUAGGUGUUGCCCCUCACAACUGUUUUUCCUGCCUACAUGCAAAUUUGUAAUUCACAAGUCAGCAUCCUGAAUAGCAGCAAGUUGUUUAGGACUUCCUUCCAAAAUUGUUUGAAAUAGCAAAUACAUUUGGAGAGCUGCUGUCUGGAGGUGAAAGAAACAAGAUGGCAUUUUUCUGAACAUUACUGGAAAUUAUUAAAGGUUUACUAGGUUUUUCCUACAGAAGUAACUCAAGUAAAUGCAAUUUUUGUAAAGAUGGA